AUGAAGCCCGGGAUUUUUGAGCUUGCAAAGUGCCGGGCAUCCGAUCUACGUGAGGCCCUCCCACGGUUCAACCGCCAGGAUACGAAAAAAUCGAUGGAGAAGGAGAUCCUGGGUAAGGUUGGUGCCUGUGCUCGGCUCCAGCUCCAGCUGCAGGGCCUGGAUGAAGCCGAGAUGGUGUUGGCUUCGCUUAAGACAGUGAAGGAUGCCCUGGAAUCGAAGUACAAGGAUCUGAAGAUGCUGGAUGAUACAGUCGAUGAAGCCGAAUGGCAGGAAAAAGUCAAGGACGUGGCAAAGGCUUAUCUGCUGUUUGUCUCCAAGGAGGACUUCGCAGUGGGUGUGGCGAGGGUGCACGCCCUUAAGGACAAGCGCCUUCGUCCGGAAGCCAAGGCGAAGAAUCAGCCGAGGCUGAGCUCUACUCUGCAAGGUGCUGGCAUUGGCUACACAGGAGGGCCUUCUGAUCUGCCAGCGCGAUUCCAUGGAGAUGAGGGCCCUGGGCAGAAGUACAAGAAUGUGUUGGUUAUCAAUAUGUCGUUUCCAUUCUCCCAUUCUGGUGACACACUGAAGACACGUCUUUGCAUCGCAUGCUUAACAGGACAAACUGUCCUCACGAGGGCGAUGCAAAAGAAUCGGAUCGGACAUUUGAUUCUGGUGGAGUUUGCGGCCGAAGGCUUUGCUUCUUUGGUCUGUCCGCGACAUUGGAAGGGCAACGGCGAGGCCAAUGGCAACAGGUUUGCCUCCACUGUCGAUCCAGUAGAUGGACAAACCUUUCUAUCCCCUGGGUCUGGACAUUACAUGAACUGCUUUGGAGAUUCGCCCUGGGAGCUUUGUGGAUUGGAAAGCAAAGAUGAGUCUAGCCUUAUGAAGUACAAGUUUGUAUGUAUCGACAUUCGGAAUUUCUCGGAUGGGGACUUCUUGCAGGAACUGCUGAAAGCCCAUGGGGGUUCCUUACCCGAGAUCUGCAACAUCACCGGCUUUCACAACAAGCUCAUCCACUAUGAUACGCUUCAUGUGUGCUACAGGGGCUUCGCCCCGGACCUGGUAGCAUCGGUGAUGCUUGAUAUCUUCCCCGAUCGGGGGGGCUUGAUCAAGGCUCAUGACCUGUGUUGUCUGUGGGCGAAAGCUAAUGGUGCUGAACUCGCUUGCGACGACUUCAUAUUGAAUGCUGAUGAGAAAUAUGCCACACUUAAUGCCAAGGGUGCUGACAUUAAGCUUGUUUGCUUAUGGCUUGCCCUUGGGAUCUGA